CUGGGGUGUGAGGGUGGUGGUGGUUGUCCCAUUCCUUAUUAUAAGAGCUGAGGCACGGUAGGACGAGUUUCCUUUGCGAGGCGUUUUUCCUUCUGUUCGGCAUUUUUCAUCCAUCGACUCUCUUUUUGUGUUCUUCGUCGCUGUCCUUUUAGGGAUUCUUGCUGUUUCGGAGGAUCAUCUGGACCCGAAUACAUUGGUACCACCACCGUCUGGUCGACACUCAAACCUAUCCGCUGGAGCUGAGGGAUACCAUCACCACCAACUUCCUUCCGCCCAUUUCUGCUGGUCGGGCUUUUAGCUCUUGAAGAGAAAUCACAAUACCGAUGCGCUUUGCGCAAAUCUGAAUUUAAUUAUGUCGCCAUUCUCCUACCUAAGCGUUGCGAGUUUACUACUUCUAUCAUCUACUACAUUCUCCUCCUUCGCCCACGCACAACAAGACAACAACAAGACUUCCGCACCCACGGCACCGCAAGCAGCGACAUUCUUCCUCACCGACACUGACACACAGUUCUCUCUCAACCUCGCCAAUGACUCCAACCAGGACAUCUCCAUCUACUUCACGUCGCCGGCGUAUUCGUGGGUCGGCGUCGGGUUCGGAGAGAGCAUGAAGAAUAGUCUAAUGUUUAUUAUGUAUCCGUCGAAGAGCGGGAACAACGUAACACUGAGCCCUCGAAUCUCAAGCAGCAACGCCGAACCCGUCGUCAAAGAUGACGUCCAGCUAGAACUACUCCCAGGAACAGGCGUCUCAGACGAGAUGAUGACCGUGAAGGCGAUAUGCCGCAACUGCCGCGUGUGGUCUCACGGCUGGAUCGACGAAAAGAGCACAGCACACCCCAUGAUCUACGCCUUCGGGCCUGGAAACCGCCUGCAGUCGAACUCGCUCAACGCGCCGCUGAAGCGACACAUUCGGUACGGACGAUUCACGAUGGACAUGGUGGCCGCGACGGGAGCGAGCGGCGUGCCAGAACCCAGUGCUGCACUGAACGGCGUCAGUCUUGAGGAGGGCAUGACGAAAGAUCACGACCGGGCGAAUCGAGCGCAUGCGAUCAUGGGGUGUCUCGCGAUAUUUAUCCUCUGGCCGCUCAACAUCUUCGCAGCGGGCUUCAUCAAGAGGAUAGGAGUUCACGUCGGACUGUCAGUCUUCAUCGUCAUCUUCCUCGUCGCCAGCUACGCCCUCGGCAUCGCGACGUCCUCAGAGUACAACCGCUCCAAAUCCCACACCUCCCCCCACCAAAUCCUCGCCUACAUCUCCCUCCUCCCCAUCCUCCUCCUCACGCUCCUCCCCUUACCCCCUCUCCGCAACCUAACCCCCCACAUCCCCUCCCUCCACGCGCCCCUCGUCCCCAUAACCUUCACCAUCCUCGUCCUAACCGGCGGCCUGGGCCUCCACCUCUCCUCGCAAACAACCCCCAUAAUCCUCGCCUACGUCGCCAUCACGCUCGUAAUCUUCGUCCUGACCGCCACCCUCUCCGCCUGCAUCCGCCGCCGCGGCGGCUCCGCCUACACCCGCACCCUCGCGCGCUCCUCCCCCUCCACGCGCACCAGCAACAGCAACAGCAGCCGUGGUAGCGGGAAAUCCCGCUGGUACUCCAAGUCGCGCUCCCCCUCGGCCGGAUCCUCCUACGACGACGACGACGAGCAGAACCUCGUCCUGAAACAGUACUACUACGCCAACGGCGGCCGCAUGGGCGGCAGCUCCGCGAGCGUCUUCACGCCCAAUAGCGCUCCCUCCUCUUCACAUAGCGCGCAGACUGCGGCGGCGCCAGCGUACACGGCCGCGAACUAUAAUAACCUGUACCCCGGGACGGCGGUGGGGAUGCAUGGGAGGUCUGGCAGUGCGGGGUCCGGGGUGUAUGGCGGUGGGUCGAUGCCGGGCCCGCAGUAUCUGUUGAAUAUGCAUCCGGGUGUUCCUGUGGGCGGGAGGUAUGGGUGCUAGGUGCUAGUGCAUCGUCAUUCACGAAUUUCGUUUUCUGUUUGGGUUCGAUUCAGGAGUGGAUGGGGAGGGGGAGUUUGCGGGUUGCGGGUUGGAGUUCAGGAAGGGCAAGCAUGGAAGGUAGAGAAGUGUAAGAGAAGGAAGAAGAGGGAGUUUUUUUUUUUGCAUCUUUGACGCGCGGCGAAAUGAUACCACAAACCAUACCGAG